AAUCUCUACCAGUCCUGCUCUGAACGGAUGGUUUAUCGACUUUUCGUUUUAAAAUCCUUUCCUUCGGAUUGUUUACUUCCUUUCUUUAAUGGAAGCUUCGUAAAUAAUUAUUAAUUAUUUGAAAAAUUAAUUUCUAAAUUCUGACCUGGUUCAUCCAGAACUUUGAAACCCUAGGAAAUCUGAACAAUUACUUACAGUCUUAAAAAUCUGUAGGGAUUUCACGAUAAUUCAGAACUCUUCCCAUAGUCUCUUUUCAGAUUGGCAUCUUUUUCUUUUUUCUGUUUGGAUUGAUCCAACUUAGAAGGUAGAAAGGGAAAGAAGAUGAGGAGAGUUUUCGGUGCGAAGAAAGAGAAAGAACCCCCUCCUUCCAUACAGGACUCCUCUGAUAGGAUUAAUAAAAGAGGUGAAACUGUGGAUGACAAGAUAAAAAAGCUUGAUGCUGAACUAAGUAGAUAUAAGGAGCAGAUCAAGAAAACACGGCCUGGUCCUGCUCAAGAAGCUGUAAAAGCUCGGGCAAUGAGGGUCCUUAAACAAAAGCGAAUGUAUGAAGGACAGCGUGAUAUGCUCUACAACCAAACUUUCAAUCUUGAUCAGGUUGCAUUUGCCGCUGAGGGAAUCAAAGAUGCUCAACAAACUAUGUCAGCUUUGAAAUCUGCAAACAAGGAGUUGAAAGGAAUGAUGAAGACCGUGAAGAUUCAAGAUAUAGAAAGCAUGCAAGAUGAAAUGAUGGACCUGAUGGAUACAAGUACUGAAAUUCAAGAAUCUCUUGGUAGAAGCUAUAAUGUACCUGAUGACAUUGAUGAGGAGGAACUCAUGGGUGAGCUUGAUGCCUUGGAAGCUGAUAUGGGAAUGGAGACAGAGUCGGAUGGGGUACCCAGUUAUCUUCAACCUGAGAAGGAACAUAAUGUGGAAGAGGAACUCAACUUGCCUUCAGCACCGUCUGGACAUGCGGCAGUCCCACCUAAUAGAGCCCAGGCUGAAGAUGAACUAGGCUUACCUGCUGUACCUCGAGCAUCGGUUCGUGGCUAGGGAGCUUCAUUGACAUUUCAUGUAACCAUGGUGUGCAGAUUUUAUGUUUUAAUUCAAAAGCAUUACGAUUGUACUUUGAAAGUUGGCUGUUUAUUGAAGAAAUAUGUUGUAUGGGUGGGUUAGUGAAGUGAAAUUAGGUACCAUUGUAGAAUAAUGGGAGGUGGAACAGAAAAAAAAGACGAGAAAAACAACGUACUUUGAAUGCAAGGAGGAUGGCCAUAUUAGCUGCUAUUGAAUUUCAAUUACACGUGGUUUCAGGAAGUUCGCCA